CUGUCAUCACUUCCGGGUUCUGUCAUCAGACCAGGUCAGCCUGUGGAUCCCAGAACUUCACAACAACUCCCAGUCUGUCCGCACUAUCAUCGCGGAUUUCGCAUUUUAAUUUAACCGUCAUCUCGCGGAGGUUCCGCCAACAGUCCUUUCCCCCUAAAUGGCCUGCUCUGAUGCCGAAUGCGACCUGGAGACGGUUCCUCUCAUCGCGCUGAACGUGACGGUGAGGAAGAAGCUAGGACUCUACCUGAACCCCAGGAACACCGUGGCCGCGGACUGGAUGGCUGUGGCCGAGGAGAUGGACUUCACGUACCUGGAGAUCGUGAACUACAAAACGACCAAAAACCCCACCGCCGUGAUUCUGGACGAGUGGCAGGCUCGCACCAAAGACGCGACCGUGGGGAAGUUGCUGUCAAUCCUGAUGAAGCUGGAGAGAAACGACGUUUUGGAGGAUCUUCGCCAUCAGAUUGAUGAGGAUGUCAGGAGAUACCGCGAGAAGGCAGCUGAACCCCCAGUGCAGGUUCCAGUGGUGGACAGCUGUGUCCCACUCACUUCUGAGAAGAGCGGUAUCACCCUGAGGGACAGCCCCGAGGGUGCUCCCGAGCUGUUUGACGCCUUCAUCUGCUACUGCCAGAGUGACUUUAAUUUCGUCUAUGAAAUGAUCCGCCAGCUCGAACAAACAGAUUAUAGACUGAAACUGUGCGUGUUCGACAGAGAUGUCCUCCCUGGCUCCUGUGUAUGGACCAUCACGAGUGAACUCAUUGAGAAGAGGUGUAGGAGGAUGGUUGUGGUGAUUUCUGAUGAAUAUCUUGACAGUGAUGCCUGUGACUUUCAGACUAAGUUUGCUCUCAGCCUCUGUCCUGGUAAGCCUCUGUCCUAUCUUCCGGGAGCCCAAAAGAGACGACUUAUCCCAGUGAUGUAUAAGUCGAUGACAAAGCCAUUCCCCAGCAUCCUGCGCUAUCUCACGUUGUGUGACUACACCAGGCCUUGCACACAGACCUGGUUCUGGGUGCGGCUGGCCAAAGCACUUUCCCUCCCAUAAUUGUGGACCAAACACUGAAAUUAAAUGGGUUUUUUAUCCACUAAAGAGAUGAUGUCAUCAAACAUUUCAAGUUCAAGAAUGUGCCUGUGAUCUCCCUUGUCCUGCUGGCAUUUUAACCCACUUAUACUGUAUAUUUCACUGACAACAUUCAUGCUUCCUUUGAAGAUGACACCAAGAUUGCAGAAGAAGCCAAAAUAUCAGCAAAGUUCUCUGAAAACACAAAGCCAUUAUUGUAUUAAUACAGAUUGUUUCACUAUUUUGGAUUAAUACGAGUUGUAGAAGAGAAGAGAAUUUGUCUUAGUAGCCUUUUGUCUGGGCUACUUCCUCCCAUAAUUCAACUUUCAGACAAGAUUGAAGCUCAAAGAGGAAGCCAUACUGUGAUUGUGAUACGUCCACGUGUUAAGUGUUACUGACACCUGCUGCCUUUCUUCCUGACUUUCUCUUUCACCGUGAUGCCUUCACAUUUGACUUGUAUUUUUAGAACAGUGUUUAGAACAUUCUCAGAAAAGGAAAAUAUAAUGUAUGUAAUUCGUACAAAUACUUUUUCACAAUAAAUAUAAUGCAUUUUUCA